CUGCCUCCUCUGUUUGGAGGCGUGUCGCAGCGCGAGGACCUGCAGCGGCUUCUCCUCCUAAAAUGGCUGAAAAAUAGAAGGAAAAUAAUUUAAAUAAAGAAAAGAAUAGAAACAGAAAGCGGUUCGUGUGGGACUCUGAUGGACUCUACUGGACUCUGCUGGACUCUGCUGGACUCUGCUGGACUCCACUGAGAGAAACUUUCCAAUGAGCUGCACCAGGGUUUUCCACAUCCUCAACCAUCACCCCGGGGGUCCAUCUCCCAUCAUGUCCGUUGACAUGGCCGUGAGGAUCUACCUGUCCAGCUCUCCUCCUCUUCACUCCUUCCUCAGUAACUAUGACCACUGCUGUUCAUCAUCAUCAUCAUCAUCAUCAUCUCUGAUGAAGCACUGUGAAGCGCUGCGUUCCUGUCUGUCCUUCAGGAACGUUGCUACUCCAACCUCAACGUUAGCCGCCACAGAGGUCGUUUGCCCGGCAUGGAUGAGGAGGAAGAAGAGCGUGGUGUUUGCAGACUCUCGAGGUCUGGCGCUCACCGCCAUCCACGUCUUCAACGAGGCCGAGGACGACAUACUGACCGAGCUGCAGUUCCACCUGAUUGAGGUAGAGGGCGCUGCCACCGGACCACACCUGGGAGACAACAAAGAUGCUGCAGAUUGUGGUUCGGGCCUGGUUCUAGACUUCACCCAGCCAGCUGCAGACUAUUUGGACUUGAGGAACCGGCUCAAAGCACAGCAGGUUUGUCUGGAAACCUGUUCUGUCCGGGAGCGUCUGCUCUCAGGGACUGUUCAGGUCCGAAACCUCUGCUUUGACAAGUCUGUCUCAGUCCGGAUCACUUUUGACUCGUGGCGUUCCUUCCUGGACAUUUCUUGUCUGUACCUGAACAACGUCUAUGGCUGCCCAGACACCGAUACUUUCUCCUUCUCUGUCUUGAUACCGGAGGUCCUCGAGCCCUCCAACAGAGUGGAGUUCUGCAUCCAGUACCAAACUCAAGACCACACCUUCUGGGACAACAACCAUGGGAACAACUACCGGCUGGUGGACCCAAAAAGCAGCUUGACCCAGAGCACGGAGAAUACCGCCAGGCUGGAGAUUUGGAGCGACCAUGGCGGAGACAAGGAUGAGUCCAUGGAGUUUGAUCCCUUAGGAAGUCCCAGGACAUCAGCAGGAAACUUCCCUAAAUGGCAAAGCGUGGGUCAUGUGGAGACCAGCGCCCCCUACUGGUGAGACCACCACAGGUCAGGUUUUUUAUUUUGCACCCACUGAGAUCUUAUUCCCAAAAUGUAAGAGAUUCACAGGACCCUCACAUGAGCACUGGAACGCCUCCUUAUAUCCAGACGUGUUUGUAAGAUACACUACAGAUCAUUGCUUCACUAGAGCCUCUGUAGCUGCACUAACAUGCAUGAGCCUUUAUAAAAGACAACUUUAAGACGGGAUUGAAAGGACAAUUCAGGUAUUCAAACUGUCAGCCCAGCAGUGACUUAGAUCCGGCUCAUCUGGGUUUCCUGGAAUCCAGCUGCCCAAUAAGAUCCAGACCAGGUACACAUCUGGUCCUCCUUUGCUGGAACUCAGCCACAAUUCAGCUGGACACCUGCCAUGGCCUCGUGGGAAAUCUUGAAAACCUUGCAAAUGUGCUUUGUAAAAGCAUCCUAAGAAUUCAAGAGUUUUCAAGGUGCCACAUUUUCAAAUAUGCAAGAGUGAACUGAGUAGCUCAGAGAUAUUCCAAGAGAAUCAGGAGUCAUAAGAGCUUUGUAAAAGCAGUUUUCAAAAGGGUCAGUGCUUUCUUAAAACCCCCCAAAGACCCAUGGGGGUUCAAGGUAUUACCAGUGUGUCAAAAAAAAACACAAGGCUUCAGUAUCAUUUGUACAACGUCACAGCAUCAGGCUCCAUAUGGCUCCACACAGCAGUUUUAAUGCAGUAUAUACUGUAUCUAUAUAUAUCUAUAGAUAUAUAAAUAUAUAUAUCUAUAGAUAUAUAUAUCUAUAGAUAUUUAUCUUUGUAAAACAGAAUGUAACAAAUACAUGCCGAGAUACAGUAUGUGAAGUACUGAAUAGUUAUUGAUUAAAAUAAAGGCAUGUGAUACCAGAUCAGCCUAUUGUCACAGGACCCGAUCCAGCUCUCUGAGUCAGUAUCGGACCGUUAUCAGUAUCAGUGCAUCUGUACUUUGAAAAGAGAAAAAUUAAACGGGACAGAUUACUGCAGUGAACUAAGUGAUAUAAACUCUUCUUCAGUCUUUGGGUUAAGGUUGUUUUCACUGUUGAAUCCUGUUUGUGUGGUAAGCCUCACUGCCUUCAGGUUCAGUUAAACUUUGAGUCAGUUGAGGGAUCUUUAACAUCCAACUCUAAAACUUAAACGGGCUGAAUCCAACUGUUGGGACUUCCUAUUACUCACAGACAGUCCUGGGUGAAGAUCCCAGCUUUAGUCGGAUCCAUGGCCUCGAUUGAGGUCUGAAGUCUCGUCUCAUUGUGCAUUUAAUACCUUUAAAGCACAUCUAUGACUUUUUGUGAUGACUCUAAUGGAACGAAAAAUCAAGUCCACGAGGGCUCAGUCCAGUCCAGAGCGGGGACAUUUGGAUUCUUCCCAACCUGAAAAGUACUUUUGGGGUUGUUUUGGGUUUUGGUAGAAAUUAUACUUGUACCCCUGAAGACCUCUAAUUCAUACAGCAGGAGAGUGAAAAUGCAGUUCAAGUUCAUGUUCAUCUGUUAUGUAUUGACUGGAUUUAGAGUUAAAUCCUGUCUCAAUGUGACAUGAAGCAGAAACUAUACCGACCACUAUCAGCAGCACUUCACUUUAUAUUGUCCUCUGAGCUUCAGCAUCGGCCAAACUCAUCUUUUAGUUGUUUUUGAUUGGAUGUUUCUUUGUGGGGGUUUUCACUCAGACUCUCAAACUUUGUUUUGUUGUUAAUAUGAUGUCCUUGAUUUCAUCUUGACUCAGACCCUGUCUGGACUGGUCUUGGACUUAAGUGGUCCACCUGGAACCAAUAAGUUCUUGUUUCGCUGUACUGAUUUGAGCACCAGCAGUUUCCUCCUUUAGCCGCUGUAACCCCGCACCCCAAUCAGAUGUCUCCAGAGUGAUGUGAUGUUGAUGUUUGAAGAUAGGAUGUGUCUGUAAACACAGCAUUGAAAAUAUGGGGUGGGGGAGGGAGAGAGAGAGAGAGAUCAGUGGUGGUCAAGUGAGCUGGAGAGUGAAUGUCGAGAGAGGAUUCAGAAGAAUAAAAGAUUAUUUUCUUAUUGUUUCACACGUUACGUUCUGAAGCACAAAUAAACAUCUAAACCUCACAAACCUGCAGGAAGCUGCCCAAAGCAGCUUCAUCCUGCUGUAGACGGUCCUCGGUCUGUCGGGUCUGAGAGAUCUGAGAGAUCUAAAAGACCUGAGAGGUCCGAGAAGUCUGAGAGAUCUGAGAGGUCUAAGAGGUCUUUUUAGGAAAUUGUUGCACAUUACAGUAUAUCUUUAAUGUAUUUAUAAGACUGAACACAGUGUUAAGGAAUAUUUGUGAGCCAGGCUGGAUACCAGACCUGUAGAGGUGUAGAGGGUCAACCAUGACCUUGUUCAUAGAGCUGUCCUUUAUGACGGAGUCACACUAACUUCUAACUAUAAGAAAGGACCGUAUGUCUGUGAAGGCAACGCGACACGGUGGACACUUACUGAAUACAAGUUUAAGGGUUCUACUUCCUGCAACUCCUCAGCUAAAGAAAUCCCUUUGAUCCAGGUCUGGUUUGGUCCAGGUUUUCCAGAAUUCAGGUCAAAUGCAGUUUUCAUCAAGAAUUGAUUUUAUUGGUCCACUGACCUGUGAAUAGCAUGACGUAAAAUGUUCUAGAAAUAGAUGAUGUAUAAGGUUCUAGAUAUAGAUGAUAUAGAAGGUUCUAGAUAUAGAUGACAUAUAAGGUUCUAGAUAUAGAUGACAUAUAAAGUUCUAGAUAUAGAUGACAUAUAAAGUUCUAGAUAUAGAUGAUAUAGAAGGUUCUAGAUAUAGAUGACAUAUAAGGUUCUAGAUAUAGAUGACAUAUAAGGUUCUAGAUAUAGAUGACAUAUAAAGUUCUAGAUAUAGAUGACAUUAUUAAAACAGGUGUUUGAAGCUGUUUUGCUUGUAAUAACAUUCACAUUAUAAUAUAAUAGUUCAAAAAGAAACAGGAAGUCUUAAUGGAAGUAAACUGUUUAAAGUGAAGUUGAUGAUUUCGAGAUGUUUGAUGAACGGCUGCUUUGUGCUGUGUUCAAGUCACGUCAGAGUUAUUAUAACCUGUACACCCGAGGAAACACUUGGUGAUCCUGUCGUUUUUUAAAUGCCACUUUAAAGUAUGAAUUAGUUAUUGAAAAUGAAGUGUGUUGUAUUUUCAUUAGUUUUAGUCCCACGAUGAUUUAAUGUGUGUGAAAACAUGGCUAAUUAGGUUUCGCUCUUUACUGACGUGACUUGAACGCAACAUUUUAGCUAGCCACCGGGCAGCCAAAGUUAGCUUGUGCUAACAGACAUGAUUAAUGCCAUUUAACGUGGCUAGCUAGCGAGCUAGCCGGCUACUAGCAUUAACAGCUGUCCUGUAUUGUAAAGUGCAAUCUAAUGAUGACGUCAGGGUAUACUACUGAAACAGGAAGUGAUGUAAGCAGAGAGCGAUUUACUGUUACUUCUGUGUGUGUAUAUAUAUAUAUAUAUAUAUAUAUAUAAUGUUGGUUCAGGUCAGCUUCUGAUUCUCUUUCAGAGAAUAGUUAUAACAUAGUUAUAUAACACAGAACCAACACACACACACACACAAGAAGAUUAAAACAUUAAAAUGACAUCAUGUUGCUGCAGAUCAGCUGACUAAAAGAAACAUCAGCUGUCCAUAGUCGAGUUUAACAAGACGUUUUGAUCAGUUAUCAGUUCGAUGACAUUGAUUUGAUGAAUCUAAAAUCAAUGUACUUCUAUGUACAUGAGAUCAUAAUCAAUUACACACAUGAAGGUAGACGGACGACAAACGGAUAAUAGAGUUAUGUAAGACUGGGAGAGGACACAACCACACACACAGAUGGACACAACCACACACAUACACGCACACAACACACACACACACAUACACACACACAUACAAAGAAACUCAUUUAAGCUAUUUUUUUUCAUUCGCAAGGUCUGUCUUA